AUGAGUGAAAGCAAGGGGAAAUGUCAAAAAAAGCAGAGGACACAGCCUGUGCCAAAAACUAUUGACUAUGUUGAUGAGGGUAAUCCUACUUUCACAUGUGAAUAUUGUAAAGCAAAAAUGUGGUACGGCGAACGACUCGAACGGAAGAAAAGGACAAAGAAGAACCCUGUUUUCUCUCUUUGUUGUGGUCAGGGACAAGUGAAGUUGCCUCUUCUUAAAGAAAGCCCCUUGCUUAUAAGGCAGCUAUUGUUCGGGGAUGAUGAAACGAGCAAGUAUUAUCAAGAUAAUUUGAGAGCUAUUAAUAUGCUGUUCUCUUUUACCUCUCUUGGUGGAAAAGUUGACCGCUCAAUGCCAAAAGGACAUGGACCACAGCCAUUCCAACUUCAUGGUGAAAACAUGCAUUUGAUGGGAAGUAUGAAACCGGAUGAAGGUGAUUCAGCAAAGUUGUUUCUCAGUUGUACAUUGUUGACACUGAAAAUGAGGCUGAUGAUAGAGAUUCUCAAAUACAAGAAAGCUGCUGACAAGGAAAGAAAACAUAAUCUGAGAAAGAAAAUUAUCGAGCUCCUUAUAGAGAUGUUGGACGAAGUUAAUCCCUAUGUGAAGCAGUUUCGAUCUGCACGUGAACGUUUUGGAAUUUCUGGAGCAGAAAAAUUUCAUAUGAGGAUUGUGAGCAAUCGUGAGAAAGAUGGAAGGACAUUUGAUACUCCAACUGCCUCGGAGGUAGCUGCUUUAAUACCUGGUGAUUUUAAUUUAGAGAUGGAUAAGCGUGAUAUUACUGGGAAUAAAAAAAGGAGCCACACCAGCUACAGAGAAGCUGAAGAGGGACCACAUCAGCAUGAGACAGUGUUUUUGGUUGAUGCUUUCACUACCAUUGAGACGAACAGGUUAAGUUAUUUGAGGCAGAAUCAGACAUGUUUGAGGUCUGAUGGUUAUGACUCUAUAAAGCAGUCAGAGAACCAAGGAAAAAAAGAUAUGAGUGACCAAGGACAGCGAUUUUUUCUGCCAGCUUCUUUUACCGGAGGACCAAGGUACAUGAAGAAUAACUAUCUAGAUGCUAUGGCCAUUUGCAGACAUUUUGGUUUUCCAGAUCUUUUCAUCACAUUUACAUGCAAUCCAAAAUGGCCAGAGAUUACUAGAUAUUUGUCUCAGCGUAAAUUGAAGACAGAAGACAGGCCAGAAAUUGCUUGCAGAGUUUUUAAAAUGAAGUUGGAUUCUCUGAUGGAAGAUUUAACUGAUAAUGAGAUAUUAGGGAAAACCGUUGCAUCGAUGUUUACUGUUGAGUUUCAGAAGCGGGGUCUGCCUCAUGCUCAUAUACUGUUGUUCAUGCAUCACAGUUCUAAGUUCCCUACUACUGAUCACAUCGACAAUAUCAUUUCUGCAGAGAUUCCAGACAAAUCGAAAGAGCCAGCACUUUAUGAAGUUGUGAAAGACACUAUGAUUCAUGGUCCUUGUGGAAUUGUUAAUCCGAAUUCACCUUGCAUGGAGAAUGGCAAGUGUUCUAAGCUAUAUCCGAAAUCACAUGGUGACAAAACGACUGUAAACAAAGAAGGGUUUCCAGUUUACAGGAGAAGGGAUAAUGAUCGUUUUGUUGAUAAGAAUGGUUUCAAGUGUGACAACAGAUAUGUGAUACCUUAUAACAAGGAUCUUUCACUUAAAUACAGAGCUCAUAUUAAUGUGGAGUGGUGCAAUCAAUCAGGGUCUAUUAAAUACUUAUUCAAGUAUAUUAAUAAGGGUCAGGACAAGAUUACUAUCGCUGUUGAGCCAACAAAGAGAGGAGCUUCAGAGAACAAUGAAACCGGCCAGACUUCAAAGGAAGAGAAUAAAAAUGAAAUUAAGGACUUUUUCAAGGGCAGAUAUGUAUCUGCUUGUGAAGGUGCAUGGAGGAUUUUGAAGUUUCCCAUUCAUUACAGAUCAGUACCAGUUGAGAAGAUUUCAUUCCAUCUACCAGGGAAGCAAAUCGUUGUAUUCAAAGACGAUGACACCUUUGAGGAAAUUACAAGUCGUGUGAUGAUUACCAACACAAUGUUUUUGGGUUGGUUUGAGCUGAACAAGGUUAGUGCUGUUGCUAGGAAGCUUACUUUAGCAGAAAUUCCUACAAUGUUUAUUUGGGACAAAAAGUCGAAGAAGUGGAAAGACAGGAAACGAGGUUUCAGCAUAGGCAGAAUUAAUUAUGCACCACGUAGUAUUGAAGAAGCUUAUUAUCUACGUGUGUUGCUGAAUAUUGUUCGAGGCCCAACAUGUUUUGAUGACAUAAAAACAUAUGAGAAUGUCCUUUACCCGACCUACAAAGAGGCCUGUUUUGCGAGGGGUUUAUUAGCAGAUGAUCAAGAAUAUAUUGAUGACAUUAUCAGGACAAGCUUCUCAAGUUCUGCUUCUUACAUGCGGCAUUCUUUUACUGUCAUGCUUAUGUCCAACAGUCUAUCAAAACCAGAAAGAGUUUGGGAGGAGACAUGGGAGAUUCUUUCUGAAGAUAUUCAGUAUAAUCAAAGAAAUCAUUUUAACAGACCAGGAUUGUGCCUUAGUGAUUCUGAAAAAAAAGAAGGUGCUCUUAUUGAGAUUGAGAAGAUCUUGAGAAGUAAUGGAACUUCGCUAGAUAACUGGGAUAAAAUGCCAAAACCCUUUCGCGACGUCAACGCUUUUCAGAAUGUGUUGAUAAUGGAUGAGAAGAGAUAUGACCGAGAUGAGUUAAGAAAGGCACAUGACAGUGGUGUUUUCUUUGUUUAUGGAUUUGGUGGAACCGGGAAAACCUUUUUGUGGAAAUUAUUAUCUGCUGCUAUUAGAUCCAGAGGAGAGAUUGUUUUGAAUGUUGCUUCAAGUGGUAUUGCUUCACUUUUGUUACAAGGAGGAAGGACUGCACAUUCAAGAUUCGGUAUACCAAUAAAUCCUGAUGAUUUUACUCUGUGCAAUCUGACUCCAGGGACUGAUGCUGCUGAUUUGGUGAAAGAAGCUUCUCUUAUCAUUUGGGAUGAAGCACCAAUGAUGAGCAGACAUUGUUUUGAUCACUUGAUAGGAGUUUAG